CUGGGCGUGGCUUAGCCUGCGUUCCUCAGCACUGCUUAUUUUUUUUAUUCAGGUUGCUGGAGCAGAGUAGCUGCUGCUCUCCACGCUGCGGCUGAACGGGACAUGUCUCCAUUACAGAACCAAGACAGAAGCAAAAGCGGUAAACCAUCAUGAUUCCCGUAACUGAGUUGCGCUAUUUUGCCGAGACACAGCCGGCGUAUCGGAUCCUGAAGCCAUGGUGGGACGUUUUCACCGACUACAUUUCCAUUGUCAUGCUGAUGAUCGCCGUGUUCGGGGGCACGCUGCAGGUGACCCAGGACAAGAUGAUCUGCCUGCCAUGCAAGUGGGAGGUAGAUGGACGCUGCGAGCCACUAAACACCAGCACCACCAUCCCUCGGCCCGAGCCGCGCGGCAUCCAGUACGAGCUGGACCGGCACCAGUACAACUACGUGGAUGCCGUGUGCUACGAGCACAAACUGCACUGGUUUGCUAAGUACUUCCCGUACCUGGUGCUGCUACACACGCUGGUGUUACUGGCGUGCAGCAACUUCUGGUUCAAGUUCCCACGCACCAGCUCUAAGCUCGAACACUUUGUCUCCAUCCUGCUCAAGUGCUUCGACUCGCCAUGGACCACACGCGCCUUAUCCGAGACCGUGGCCGAGGAAAGCGACGCCAAGCCAGCAGGCAAAAAUGAUGAUCUGAACGACUCUAACGACAAGAAGAAGGCGUCAAGCGUGAGUGAUCAGGACGUGGAGGCCAGCAUACCCAUGCUGCAGCGCACCAAGUCACGCAUCGAGCAAGGCAUCGUCGACCGCUCAGAGACCGGAGUUCUGGACAAGAAAGAGGGAGAGCAGGCCAAGGCGCUUUUUGAGAAGGUAAAGAAGUUCCGCAUCCAUGUGGAGGAAGGUGACAUCGUCUACCGCCUCUACAUCCGCCAGACCAUCAUCAAAGUCAUCAAGUUCAUUCUGAUCAUUAGCUACACGGCGUACUGCGUGCAGUUCAUCACGUUCGACGUUAAGUGCAAAGUGGACAUCGAACGGCUCACGGGCUACCGAAUGUAUUACUGCGCACACCCUCUGGCCACCCUCUUCAAGAUCCUGGCCUGGUUCUACAUCUCGCUGGUCAUCAUCUACGGCCUGAUCUGCAUGUACACGCUGUGCUGGAUGCUGGGCCGCUCGCUCAAGCACUACUCGUUCGAGUCGAUCCGCGAGGAGAGCAGCUACAGCGACAUCCCUGAUGUCAAGAACGACUUCGCCUUCAUGCUGCACAUGAUCGACCAGUACGACCCGCUGUACUCGAAGCGCUUCGCCGUCUUUCUGUCCGAGGUGAGCGAGAACAAGCUGCGUCAGCUCAACCUUAACAACGAGUGGACACUGGAGAAGCUUCGCCAGAGGAUCACUAAGAAUUCACAAGACAAGCUGGAGCUGCAUCUGUUCAUGCUUAGCGGCAUUCCAGACACAGUGUUCGACCUGCUCGAGCUAGAGGUGCUGAAAUUGGAGCUGAUUCCAGACGUCACCAUUCCACCCAUCAUUGCCCAGCUGGCCAGUCUGAGGGAGCUGUGGCUGUACCAUACACCAGCCAAGAUCGAGGCUCCUGCUCUGGCCUUUCUACGCGAGAACCUCAAAUCACUGCACAUCAAGUUCACAGACAUCAAGGAGAUUCCGCUGUGGAUCUACAGCCUGAAGAACCUCAGCGAGCUCCACCUCACUGGCAACCUGAGUGCCGACAAUAACCGUUACAUCGUGAUCGACGGCCUACGGGAGCUCAAAAGGCUCAAGGUGCUACGGCUGAAGAGCAACCUCACCAAGCUGCCUCAAGUGGUGACAGAUGUGGGUGUGCACCUGCAGAAGCUCUCCAUCAAUAACGAGGGCACCAAGCUGAUGGUGCUUAACAGCCUGAAAAAGAUGGUGAACCUGACAGAGCUGGAGCUGGUGCGCUGCGACCUGGAGCGCAUCCCCCAUUCCAUUUUCAGCCUCCACAACCUACAGGAGAUCGACCUGAAGGACAACAAUCUAAAGACAAUCGAGGAGAUCAUCAGCUUCCAGCACCUGCAUCGGCUGGUGUGUCUGAAGCUCUGGUACAAUCAGAUCGCCUACAUCCCCAUCCAGAUCGGAACCCUCACCAACCUCGAGCGCCUCUACCUGAACCGCAACAAGAUCGACAAGAUCCCCAGCCAGCUGUUCUUCUGCCGCAAGCUGCGCUUCCUCGACCUGAGCCACAACAACCUGAACAGUAUCCACCCUGACAUCGGGCUGCUGCAGAACCUGCAGUACUUUGCUGUGACUGCAAAUAGGAUCGAGACAUUACCACCCGAGCUGUUCCAGUGCAAGAAGCUUCGGACUUUGAACCUAGGGAACAACUGCCUGACCACACUGCCAUCGCGUUUCGGAGAGCUGACGUCUUUGACACAGCUGGAGCUGCGCGGUAAUCGGCUCGAAGGCCUGCCGGUGGAGCUGGGCGAGUGCCGCAUGCUGAAACGCUCAGGCCUGGUGGUGGAGGAAGAGCUCUUCAAAACACUUCCUCCUGAAGUGAAGGAGCAGCUGUGGAGAGCCGACAAGGAGCAAGCCUGAGACUGAAAGACAAGGGAUGAGAAGAAAGCGAGAAUGGAGGCAGAUGAAAAGCUGCGAGAAACUCUUUUAUUUUAACGUUUUAAUUUUUUAGUGUUUUUUUUUUUUAUAUAUAUUAGUUGUUUUUAUAUAUUUAGUGGAAUACAAGGUUGAUCCUUGCGUAACGCCAAGAAGAGAGGAAUGAGGAAGUGGAAUUAUGGAACGGAAAUGGGACAGGACUAGUCCUGUCCACACACACACACACACACACACACACACACACACACACACACACACACACACACACACACACACUCACUCACACAAAGUGCAGUGCCACAGGCCAGUACAUGCAAACUAUAAGCUAAGCUGCAUGCAAACUCUGUGCUAGAUCACAUAAAGACUUAAAGCUUGAUGGAAAGGAGAAAUACAAAUGCUUGAAAAAAAUGACGCAAAAACACUCAAACCACAUCGUCUCUCACGCGUAACGAAGGACUUUUUUAUUUUUAUUAUUUUUUUUUUUGUGUGUGUGUGUGUCUGAGAUGCGGUCGAGUGGUCACCAAAAACGAAAAGGAGGGACGAUGCAGUGUUCUAAUGUCAUCGUCUUUCUGUUGUCAAGACAACUGUCCUGCACUAUCAUUGCCUUAACUCCUUAGAACAAGGAUAUAUCUGAGGAUUUUAUUUUGCCAAAAAAAAAAAAACAGUGGACAAAUGCAAACUGAUGUGUUUGUAUGAGACGAUUAUGUGCGUUAAUGUUUUGUUUGACCAUUAACAGUAAUGUUUCUUUUUGUUUAAACAGUCUUCAUUAUGUCGCUAGGAUUAUGCUAAUAAAUGAUUCUGGAGACGAUUCUCACCAUCA